AUGAAGCUUUCCGAUUUUUUUAUCGCGACGGGGUCGCUGAUUGUUAGUACUCGCUGUGUCAUGAGUCAAUAUCAAGAAUUCUUCGAUAUAUCCAGCUUUUCUCUCCUCCUCGCAAACGACACGAUACUCGAGUUUCUAUCCUUCAGCCUCGGCUCAGUGUCAGAGCUUGCAACUGCCAGUUUCGUCUGUAUAUCAAUUGGACUGAUAGCAUGGAUUUACAAUAUUGGACAACAUGAAAAACUACACUCUCCAAUGGUCAUUCUCGCCUUCGGUCUAUCGGUUUUUUUCUGGAUCGAGCUUGCGGCUUCGAUAGAGAUCUAUCUCUUCGUCAUAUUUCCCUGGGUAUUAUUGAUGGGGCUAUUGAUUAGCAGAAUAUAUGAUGUAGUUUGGAGGAAGAAAGACCUGCCGGCAUCGGAAGAGAAAAGGGGUAGCGAUUGCAUGUUUGGGUAUACUGAAGGCUUGCAGUUCUGUGGAAAAUUUUCGGUGUAG